CAAACGAAGUGAUAGGCUGCUCAUUCGAUGCUGUUCAUUUUGCGCACAGGUACUCCUGGUUCAUUAUGAUCACUGAAGCAUGGACAUUCCUUUUACACGUAGUUGGGCUAUUGUUACAUUCACUCACACCCUGCACCCCUCCUGAGAUCCUGUCCAUGGGCAACAUCAAUACCAAGCAGUAUCUAGGCAGCUGGUAUUUCAUUGCAGUGGCUGGAGAGAGGGACUCAGAUGUAAACAAAUUCAGAGCAGUAGACAGUACCAUCAUUGUCCUCCAGGAGGCCACCAGUGCAAACACACUCCUUUUCAUUGGAUCCAUUCGAGUUGGAAAUCACUGCAUAAAGGAAGUCUGGCCCUAUCACAUAUGCCCCGGCAGAGAUGACUUGGAGCGAGAUGGCAUCCCAGGGAGACUCAGCCCGCUGUGGAGUGGCCAGCUGCUAAACUGCUCCGAGUGCAUUUUCCUGCAGGAGGUGGAGCAGCAAACCCCGCUGAACAGAGUCCUGUUCUAUGCUCGCAGUGCUUCCGUCAGCCCGGAAAUGAUCAAGGAAUUUCAACUGAAGGUGUCCUGCCUUGGAAUGAGGGAAGUAUUUGUCCUGCCACAAGAAAAAGAAUAUUGUCAACUUGACGAAGUGGCAUAAAUCUUACUUUCCGAUCCUGGAGUAUGAUGUGUCACAAACAAGGAGCCAAAGGGAAGAUCUGUAAUAAGGCAGAAUUUUUAAAAACUCAAUGCAAAGUCUUUAAAAAAAAAUAAAUGAUCAAUAGUU